AAGUUUAUAUAUAUAUAAACAAGUUUUCAACUUUUAAAGAAAUUAAGAAAAAAAUUUAAUGUUACGUUAUACGAAAAAAAAAUGGAAAAUGUAUUGCUUGCGCACAAUAACAAAAGAAGAAUGCAUCAAGAUACACCAGAUCUGGUAUGGGAUUCAAAAUUAGCCGCAGAAGCUAAAGAUUGGGCUAUUCAAAUUGCAAAAGCAGGUGGGUUAAAACAUUCUUCCUCAUCUAACUAUGGUGAGAAUCUUUACUAUCAAUGGUCUUCUGCAAAAAUUGAUGAAAAAAAUGCAUUGGAAAAAGCUGUAGAAUCUUGGUAUUCAGAGAUUAAGGACUAUAACUUACACACACAUAAAUCAUCUGGAACCACUGGCCAUUUUACUCAAGUUGUUUGGAAAUCUUCAGUAAAACUGGGCGUAGGCGUUACGUCUGUUACCCAAAAUGGAGGAUACGCUGUUUAUGUUGUUGGAAGGUAUUUUCCCCCUGGAAAUUACGUUGGAGAAUAUGAAAAAAAUGUUAAACCAUUAAAAUAAUGUUAAAAUACCUAUAACGUUGUAUAUAAUAUAAAUGCGUUUAUGA